AUGGCUUUGUUGAAUUUCCUGCUAUCCCCAGUGACUGUGAUCAUCGCGCUACCCCUAUGGAUAAUUUCAUAUUAUACUAUACCAUUCUUCACUACGUAUAAGCAUCUGUCUAGAGUUCCAGGGCCAUUUCUUGCAAAAUUCAGCAAUAUCUGGGUUGGACUUAGUGCCCGACGAGGACAGAAAUUUGCAGCCGUGGAUCGGGCGCACCGAAAGUAUGGAAAGGUCGUACGCAUUGGAUUCAAUCACAUCUCCAUCGCGGAUGAACGCGGACUCAAUAUUGUAUAUGGCCAUGGAAAUGGAUUCUUGAAAGACCAUUACUACGAAGCAUUCGUGGCAAAAACACCUGGAAUGUUCAAUGUUCGUGACCGUACUGAACACACACGGAAACGUAAAAUCAUCUCUCAUGCGUUUUCUCCUCGAUCAGUAGCUGCCUUCGAACCACAUAUGAUGGCCAAUCUACAGCGAUGGGUAGACCAGCUGGAUCGUAUGGCGAACUGUGUGGUGUCGCCCGACUCGAAUAAACGAUAUUUUCGAUUCAAUACAAUGCCAUGGUUCAGUUAUUUGGCAUUUGAUAUCAUCGGUGACCUCGCAUUUGGAUCUCCGUUUGGAAUGGUAGAGAAGGGUAGGGAUGAAACAGAGUCCCAGCUCAUUAUUGGUGGCCCUAUUUCAUACACACCAGCGGUGGAAGUGCUCAAUAGAAGAGGCGAGAUAUCGUCAACGCUCGGUCUUCUACCCGCACUACGACCGAUUGCACGUUAUCUGCCAGACCCAUUCUUUACAAAAGGCGUUGCUGCUGUAGAGAAUCUCACUGGAAUUGCUGUGGCAGCCGUGGCGACGCGGCUAGACGCUGCAGAGAAAGGAAUUAUCGAUGAUCGUAAUGAUAUUCUUUCACGGCUCCUGCAAGCCAAAGAUAUCAAUGGAUAUCCCAUGGGGCGUGUUGAGAUGACAGCGGAAGCUCUAACGAUGCUUAUUGCUGGUCAAAUUAUACCUCGUUUGCAGAAAGAAUUGGAUGAAGCGAUUGGCUCCGCAAAACUUGCGCACUAUUCCCAAGUUCGCGAUUUACUAUUCUUGCGUCGGUGUAUUGACGAAGGAAUGCGACUGCACUCGACAUCGGCAAUUGGAUUACCUCGUCUCGUUGCCGAGAGUAGCUCAGGUGUUGAUUUUGAAGGUUUCCAUUUCCCACCUGGGACUGUUCUCUCUGUUCCAUCCUAUACGAUUCAUCAUAUGUCAGAAAUUUGGGGUGACGAUGUCGAGGAGUUCAAACCCGAUCGAUGGCUGAGCUUGACACCUCGACAGAAAGUUUGCUUUAACCCAUUCUCAUAUGGUCCUCGUGCUUGCGUUGGUCAGAAUGUGGCUAUCAUGGAGCUACAGCUGAUAAUUGGAACCUUAUUUCAUCGAUAUGAGUUCGAAUUAUAUCAGCCAAUGAUUGAAUCUCAUGAGGGAUUUUCCAAAAAACCAAAAGAUUGUUUUGCGGGUAUUAGGUUGAGAAAGUGA